AUGAACAACCACUGGAACCCGGCCAUGGAUGUCACAGUGGUGCAGCCCUACCACGCCAGCGAGAGGCCAGAUUCUCGGUGCUCCGUAACCGCACCUAGCGAUCCGUUCGAGGACGACGGCGUCAUAGAUAGUUUGCUCCACGCCGACGAUGCCUUGGCGGGGGGGUUGGACCCGUCAUUCAGAGAUCAAGUCGCAGCCUGGUCUGCGGCCUUGACGGGCGACGGAAUAAAACACUGGGACGGGUUGGCCAUGGCAGACCAUUCGCACCACGCCAUAGGAAAUUCCGCGGAUGAGCAGCCCCUGGCGGUUGGGACCGCUGAGUUUAGGCCGGCGCAUGUGACCACGUCAAGACAUCCACCGACCACACCGCCCAUCCGGUCGCAACCACAAUUGACAACUUCACCGGCAUGCAUACAUGCGUCUGCGCUACGUGAACAGAACGAGUACCAAACAGUCAAGGGUAGUUUGGCUGCACUGGUGCGGAGGGCGGCCGAGCUCUGUGACAAUAUGUACGACCUCCGCAUCAGGUACCACGACGGCCACAGCGAGCUGGACCCCCCUGGCCAUUUCCCUAUACAUAUGUCGGGCGAGGUGCUUAAAGCAGCCGACGCUUUCCUCCGCCUACUUCGUUGUUUCUUCUCGGACGAACACCGCGGCUGUUCAACCCCCACUCUUGUGCCCGACCCCCCGCCGUCGACAGGGCCAUACUCCUCCUCCCUUGUGCCAGGACAGACGCGGCGCGUCGCUCACGUCGCCGACAGGCCCGCCGCCCUGACGCUGAUCGCGAGCUACCGACGACUUCUCGACCUGUACCUGCUCUACUAUCAGGGCGUGUACGAGUACGUCCGCGACACGGAUUCGGCCCGGCGCCGGAACCAACCCAUCUGGAAGGACUUGAGCGUGGGCGGCGCGCCGCUCCGCGACUUUGGCGACCUGCACAUCAAACUUGUCAUGCAGGCGGCGGCGCGCGUGCUGGAGGACAUCGAGGGCGCCCUCGGCCUCGCGGAGGGAUGUCGUGUCAGCCGUAGGUCGGUGGAUGAAGCUGGCAGCGGCGGGGACGGGAUUCUGGGCACAGUCGUGACGUCUCGCUUCGUCGAACAGUGCAUUGCCGAGGGAGCCACCGGCGGCUCUGAGCAGGGGCCCGGUAUCACGGCCCGCAUAAGAGACAUGGCAGCCGGGUUGGCGGCGCUUCUCGAUGCGCCUGAUAUCGAGCGCUCUAGCUACCUGUUUUAA